AUGUCCAUAGUAUACAUAAAUAUUAUACUAGCAUUUACUAUAUCCCUUAUUGGCCUCCUAAUAUACCGGUCUCACCUAAUAUCUUCUCUACUAUGUCUAGAAGGCAUAAUACUUUCCCUUUUUGUAAUAGCAUCUCUAAUAAUUCUAAGUACCCACUUUACCCUGGCUAGCAUGAUACCUAUCAUCCUCCUAGUAUUCGCGGCAUGUGAGGCCGCACUGGGUUUAGCCCUACUAGUAAUAAUCUCAAAUACGUAUGGCACAGAUUACGUACAAAACCUGAACCUCCUACAAUGCUAA